AAGAGGACGAAAAAAAGGAAAAAAAACUGCAGUGUGUGAGUGUGUGUAGUUUUCAUCCCUCCCCCCCUGAGCAAAUCUUCAUCAAAUUGUGGUAUUUCAGUCUUGGGGUGCAUUAGGAUUGUGAGGGUUUAUGUGGUGGAGUUGUCAGAGUAAAGUGUCUCGGAGUCUGUGGAGAAAGGGAACAUCUCAUUGUCAGGGGGAACAUCCUGCACAGAAGGACUUUGGGCUGAAAACACUCACUGUGAUAACUUCCAGCUAAGACAACAGAUUUUGGCUGCCUCGGGGUCAAAACUGGCACCUUGACCUGUGUGUGGCUACACAGCCCAACAUGCAAGAACCUACACUAGCUACUCUUUGGGAUCUGACCACAGGGACUGAGCAGCCUUAGUGAUGAAGUUUAACUUAUUCAAGCAAGAAACAACGCCUAUGGUCGCAGCAAAACCAACGGGGGCCAGUGACUCGACUGUUACUCCAGCCCCCGUAGGGUUAGUCUCCGCUGGAAACGCCACGGAGCCAGUCAACAAGAACGAUGCCUUUGAUGAGAUCAAAAACAAGUUCCUGAAUGAAAUCGACAAGAUCCCACUGCCGUCCUGGGCCAUCAUUGCCAUUGCCGUGGUCGCUGCUUUACUGAUUCUAACGUGUUGCUUCUGCAUCAUCAAGAAAUGCUGUUGCAAGAAGAAGAAGAACAAGAAGGGCAAGAAGGGGAAGGGUGACAUGGGAAUGAAGAACUUAAAAGGAGAGAAACCUCAGGAUGAUGAUGAUGAAGAAGAUGAUGUUGAGCCAGGCCUAACUGGAGAUGAGAAAGAGGAAGAAGUGAAGGAGAAGGAAAAGCUUGGGAAGCUGCAGUACUCCAUUGAUUAUGAUUUCCAGGAAAACAAGCUAACAAUAGGAAUUCUACAAGCAGCUGAUCUCAUCUCUAUGGACAGUGGAGGCACUUCAGACCCCUACGUCAGAGUCUUUGUCCUGCCUGAUAAGAAGAAAAAGUUUGACACAAAAGUACAUAAGAAAACACUCAACCCAGUCUUCAAUGAGACAUUCAUUUUUAAGAUACCAUUCACUGAAAUGGGAGGGAAGACUCUAGUGAUGGCCGUCUAUGACUUUGACCGCUUCUCUAAACACGACAUCAUUGGAGAGAUUAAGAUACCCAUGAACACGCUGGACCUUGCAAAACCAAUUGAAGAGUGGAGAGACCUCGACAGUGCUGAUCAAGAAGAGCCAGAGAAGCUUGGUGAUAUUUGCAUCUCUUUACGUUACGUCCCGACUGCUGGCAAACUCACCAUCUGCAUCUUGGAGGCUAAGAACCUAAAGAAAAUGGAUGUGGGAGGACUAUCAGAUCCCUACGUAAAAAUUAACCUGCUGCAAAAUGGAAAGAGGCUGAAGAAGAAGAAGACGACAGUAAAGAAGAAUACUUUGAAUCCUUACUACAAUGAGUCCUUCAGCUUUGAGAUUCCUCUUGAGCAAAUGCAGAAAAUCCAAGCCGUCAUCACAGUGCUAGAUUAUGACAAGAUUGGCAAGAACGAUGCCAUCGGGAAGAUUUGGGUGGGAAGCAAGUCCACGGGGGCUGGACUGAAACACUGGUCUGACAUGCUGGCCAACCCCCGCCGCCCGAUUGCCCAGUGGCAUCCGCUGCAGCCAGAAGAAGAGGUGGAUGCCGCCCUAGCAGCACUGAAUGCCAAGAAGUAAAAUAAUUUAAAAAAAAACUCCCUCCACCCGCCUCCACACUUUCCUACCUUUGCAUAUCCAGUUGUUUCACUCAAGUCCCACAUAUCAAUGUAUAUUCCAGAAGAACACCCAAAUCUGUUCCCUCCAGCACAUUUCUGUCCCACAGCCAUAAUUGUAAAAGAUCCAUAGAAACUAUUUGACAUGAUGGGAAAUGUAGUUUAAAAAAAAUCAUAUUAUAUUAAGUCAUGUCACUAAGAAAAGAAGACAAGUUGUAGGAUGGACAGAUACUCAGUCAUUUUUGUUUUAGAUCUAUUUUUAUAUCGGAGUUGUGGUUCCAUUAUUAAGCUUAUAGAGUAGACUAUAAAAGGAGUGCUAUUUGGGAAUCUGGUGAUUUAGAGGGAUGACACAUACAUUCAUUCAUAUUCUACUUCUCACCCUUUUUCCCUUUAGUGACAAAGUUUGCUUAGAAUAGUGCUUAACAAUAAAAUGCUUUAUACUGCCAUAUGAUAGAGAAACAACACAAGCAGGUCCAUUCCGUAGGUGUUUUGUGCACCAUAUCCCACACCUGCCAGGUAUCAUCCUAGAUGAUUCUGUUAGUUGGAAGUACAUUCCUAGAGUUGGGUAGCAAAGUAGGGAUUAGGUCCAGUUACCCACAAACACUGCCUUUUUGGAUUAGUUACCCUUCUGCCCAUCGUCUCAGGAGAACUGAGAGGAAAACUCCAUGCCUUUUUUUUCUAAACGGGUUCUUAUUGUUAGCAGUUAUACAGCGUGAUGAGAAAAAAAAAUGUUACACUAAAAUUGUAAGAAUUCUGCUGACCUUAGGCUUAUGACUGAAGUUAGUUAAACCACAAUUUAUUGAGUUAUAUGGCGGGUAUGACAGAUGAUCUGCAAAAAAAAAAAAGUGUGCUUGUGUAUUUUAAAUUGUGUUUAAAAAAAAAGCAAUGUCUGUCAUCUGUACUACAAAAACGUUUGGAAAUACCAGAGUGGCUACAAAAAGAGAGACUGAUCCCAACCACAGCUGACAUUAUAUUUACAAGGUGUCAAUUACUGCCUACAGCCCUCGACGUUCCCCUCCCGACAUCUCUGAUUCUGUAUAUCACUUGUUCAGUGUUACUGCCAUUAGUCAUGGACUUGACACAAGGGUUUUUACUUCAAAGGAAUCCCUAUAACCGUCUUACAGUCAUAAAGGAGACAAGCCUUCCAAGUAACAAAAUAAGCAAUUUUCAACUACCAGGGACGCCUUCCAGUUAGAGGUGUUGUUCUCUUCCUUUCCUUGUUUUUUUGUUCUACUUUUUUUCUACUUAAUAAUUUAGUUUACCUUCAAACACUUUUAUUCCUUAAGCACUUUAAUUCCUAAUGUUUUGUGUACAUACGCUCAGAAGUCAGAGCUUUAACAAUUUAGGGAGAUUCAUUUGUUGCUUUUGCUUCUGCUUACUUUGGCCUAUGUGUUUGUGUGUGUUUUGAAUUGUUUGAAUUACGGUUAUUUCACUUAAUUGCAAAAAGUCUGGAAGAAAUCGCACUGAUCCAUGUGUAUUUUAUGCACAGCUUACCAAACUGUCGAUUAUGAAUUGCACUAGCAAGUAUUGUUCUGUUAUGUGGUUCCUGACACUGUUCUUAGGCGUGUGUUUUUCUUUUCCUGAGUGAUAUAGCGUGAUGAAAUUGAUCAUUUCUGUGGCACACACAGACAUGUCUUGUCUUGUGAAUGGAAGGGAAAAGAAACACAUUGAGUUCAGUGCUGCUUUGGGGUCUCUUCCCAGAAUGAAACAAUGCAGUAUAGACAGCCAAAGUCGGCUCCAGGUAACUGCAACUGAUUUUUUGACUAAUUUUGACCCUUUAACACAUAAUGAUAACAUCUCAGAAAAUGUGAUUUCAGUUAGUCUGCUCAGGUGGACAACUUCACUUAGACUGAAUAAUCAAUGUGAUGUCAAAUUAUUAACUUUAUAUAUGAACUAUAAAUGUUUUAAAAAGCUGCUAUUGGGCUGUUAUGGCCACAUUUUUGACUGAUAUUGUUCCGCCAAUGCUCUCUACAUAUUCCUGUCCAAUUCACCUAUCACGCAGCUAUUUCCUCUUUCAAUUUAAAGAUGUGUUUCUACAAAAACAACAAAAAUAUUCACCGUAACAAAAAGGAGAAGAGCAUCAUUCAUGAUCUUAUUGAUAAAGAAACAUAUUUACAGUUGUUAACAGUUACAAAUAUCACUGAGAUCAUUUGGCUCUUUAUAUUUGUACGUUUAGAUUCUGAGAGAAGUUUUUGAGCGAAAACUUGAACUUGCAACAGACAGCACACUAUUAGAGCUCAUCACCCGUGAAUAAAGUCAAUUAAAUGUUAAUUAGGUUUUGUGAGCAUUUGGAGCCCACUAUGCUUUUUCACAAGAAAACUUCCAGUUAGCUUUCUGUAUAGCAAAUGCAGGAACAAACAUUUUAUUGCAUUUUUUUGGGGUGAACUUUAUGUUUUUUCUUUCUUUUAAAUUCUCUCUAUAUAUAACAAUCAAAACCAAAUUUCUGUUUGUCAUCUUGCACAAUUCUUUCUUUUUAAAGCAACACUUAAGAAAAAGGCAACAUGGAAGCAAUCAAGCAACUCAUUGGUGUGUAGUUUUGCCUAUAUACAUAGUUCAUACACGUUGAUAAUGCAUGUUUAUAAGAACUACUGUACAUAAGAGCAUGUUUUAGAGACAAAGCAAAAAUAACUUGUGUACGUUAAAUGGGUGUCAUUUGCCAUUUUAAUAACACAGCAAACUGAGAAAAAAAAUGCGCUGUAUAUUUUCUAAAUAGAACAAAGUGUGUAUUUAUUUUCCAUGAGGGUCAUUGGAGAGAAUGUCAUGCAAAUAUUAGAGUACUAUUACAAAUAGGAAUCUUUCCACGCCUGAAAACUCUUAAGCAAGUGUGUCGUCCAGUGCUGUGGGUGAGUUCAUGUAGGAAGAAAAAUGUAGCCGCAUGCUUGCUAUGUAAAUUCCUUGUGCUCAGAGUUUUUUUGUUUGGCACCAUUUAUUUGCCAUUUAGUUCAUUAUUGUACCUUUUAAAAAUAUUAGCGGUUGUUAAUUAUGCUACAGUUUCUAUUUUUUAUUUUUUAAUUAGAAAAUUGUUAUAUUUCAUUUCAACCAGGGGAUCUCCAAGUCUGCAGGACUGUUUCUUUCUCUCUUUUUUUAGUAAGUAAUGCAGAUUAAACUUGAUGUUAUUCUGGAAUAGCGCAUUUGGAAAAACAAUAUAUUAAAUUGAUUCUAGGAGUCAUUUAUGCCAGCACUAACCAAGACUAAAAGUCAUACGGACCAUAUCCUACCUUAGGCUGCAUUUCCAGGGCCAAACUGUGAAUAAGCCUUUUUCCACUGAACACAAAUGACUUGGAGUCCUCUUUUUUCCCCUUUAUUACUGUUGCUAUCAUUUUUAAUUAGACGAUUUUAUUUUUCUUUCUGUUUGACUGACCUGAUACAUGUUACAGAUUGUGUCUCUUUUACUCUGUUACUAUACAAUGGGUGUACUUGUAAACAAAAUAAAUUAAUAAGAUGAAAACAACUAAAAGCCAUAAAACUCAAGCACUAACUCUUUAGAGCUCUGCUGAACAGCUAGAGUUUAUUUAUGAGGGAACAAAAAUCUGACGUCUUCAUUUUUCCAUGAAUAAUGUUCCUUCUCGCAUUCCUUUUCUAAAAUCUUUGUUCAACCAGAGGGAGAAAACCAUUCUACUGUCUGAGCGUGGAGAACAGCUGCCAAUUUAGGAGAGCAAGUGUUUUGGUUUUUUUUUUUGAGUGGCUGGUGUCAUCGUUACGUCGGUGAUUUUACUGGGUUGUGUUUGGUCAUAUUUGGUUAGCAUAAAUAAAUAUUUACAAUUAUGAUAUUGAAUUCUGACUAAUAAGAAUAAAACUAUAUAUGUGAGAGUGUGUUCCAUUUUAGGGCUGAGUGCAAUUUGUGACGCAAACUGGGUCAAGCUGCUAGUUUCUGUUCUCCCAGUUUGAGGAAAAGAACUCAUACAAUCAAAUAAUAAUAAUAGCGAAUCUUUGCAUUAUUUCAGAUGCUAUUACCAACAGUUUUUGUUCUUUUUUUAAUCAACUGCUCAGCAAGAAUGGAUAAAUUGAAGAAUCCUUCCCCCCAGCCCCCCCUCCGAACACCCCCCCCCCCCCCCCCCCCCCAAGAUUUAAGGCUGAAUCCGUCCCACAGAACUAUGCAUAUGUUUAUUUUUCAGACUUGUGUCUACAACACUACAACUUGCUUUCUUGCCCUGAGUUAUAUAUGACAACCUCACACAUCUGUAUAUCCUGAUGUUGCUCAGUCAGAAAAGCUUACAGAUUCAUAUGGCUUUUGGUGUGUAAAACCAUAUCCACAAGACAAUCAGCAAUAAGCCUUAUUUUUUUUAUCCUGAGACAUUAAACAUGUUUAUUUCAGGAAUUUUAACAUUACAGGAUACAAAUUAUGUUCAGUCUUUUGCAGUAAAGCCAAAUAGAUUUAAAACAAUAGUCUUACCUCAUACUUUUUCAGAGAAAGUAAAAAAGGAAUGGUGGAGAAGAAAGUAAAAAUGUAAUAAAAAUGUUUCACACUUUAAAUGUAACUUAAUCUGGAACAUUUAAGGGUUUUGUCCCUUUCACAAUAACUACAGAAAACUGAUAGAAAAGUAUAAAUUUUUAAGCCGUUUAAGCAGUUAUGUUUUUAUGCCAUAUCUGCAUCAAACAUGUAUUAAUUUAUUUAGAAUUAUAUAGAAUUAUUCCUUGUUUUAAGAUCUAAGUGAGAAAUAAUUGUUUUAGGUUGUUUAUAUUUAUGAUAAUGCUAAAUUUUAUGUAGGAAACUUUAGAUAAUUGUAUAUUUUAACAGGUCAACAAAAUUUUACAGCUCUAGACAAAUUUCAUUUUAGAGAGAGAGAAAAAUGUUGCUCUUUGGAUUGAAUGUUGCUGACCCCUAUCGUAAGCAAGGGUUUGGUGACCAACACCAACAAAGUACCAAGCAUUUAACAUUUUAUCUAGUUUAUGUGAGAAAGUGGCUUCAACUCUCCUUUAACUUUUGGCAAGAAAGCAAACAAGCCCAUAUUUUCCACAAUGUUGAAGCAUUUUUUAUUUUUUGUUUGAUGCAAGUUGCUGAAGUUUCCUAAAUUGAACUGCCACAUCAAUCUUCAAUGUGUUGCAUAAAACUGAUGCUCCACAUUCUCUUAAUGCAAUACAGUAACAAUCACUGUCCCAUCAAUGCCAAUGACUGUGACCAAAUGAUGCACUGAGAGCAGGUUUCAGUGUGUUUUAGAAAUACUGCCACCACCUGAUUACGCCUGCCAGCAUUUAUCUCCACAGUUUAACUCUGCACAGCCAAUAUAACAGGAGAACUACAAUAGGAAAGCACCAAAUAUGACAAAAAAAUCGCAAAGGUACAUUUAUGGUGCAUUUACGAAAGUCUUUGUUUCCUUUUAAAGCCUGGGUCACCACAUACACAAGAUCCUCAGACAAUAUGGUGGACUGAGACUGGUGAGCUGUGAUUGUGUUCUUGUGUAUGUGGAGUAAUAAAAUGUCCAAAACAUUGCUUAAGAUCACAGAGUUAGAUUAUACUACUCUCAGUACAAGUCUGCAUGCAUAUUGUUAUUUUUUUAUGUAUGAGUAACACGGUAAAAAUAAAAGCUUUAUGGUUUAAAAAUGGCUAGUGAUCUGUUUCCCUGAUUGCUGAGUGUAUGUACUUAUGCACAAAUGCAUCUGCGGUUGCCCUGCUUCAGCUGUGCAAAGACAGUUUUAGAACACCGUUCACACAUAUGUGAUUUGUUUCUGUCUUUUUUUAUUUUUGUUUGAACAAACACUGGGAUCUAAAAAGGGAAACUGUGCAAAAUUCAGUCCAUUUGACAGUCAAAACGUGAUGUCGAGACCUGCGGCGGGUAAAGGCGCUGCUUUGAAACAUGCUGGUUCUCUUGUCAGUUGCUGUAUUUCUUCUUGCUCUCUUUGUGCAUAGGCGUAAUCACUUUUGUUGUUUAUUUUUUAUUCUGUGUAUCCCUGAUGUAGAAUGUGGAGCUGUGUUUGAAGCAAUGGCACAGAUGUGUCUCCAUGCUCUCUCCUCAUUUGCUUUCUGUUUGUGUCCUUGUCUGGUUUCUGUGUAGCUGAUUCUGUCACUGUCAUCGAGGUGAAUAGGAGCCUGAAUCUCCUUUUGCAGAGCAUAAGGAACACCGGCCUUCAUGUUAACAACAUGGACAUACUGUAUACUGCCAAACAUGCAGGGCCGUACCGACCUCCCCCCUUGAGCACUCAGUUCUCCACCUCUGUUCCAUUAUGCAGCUGUUUUCUCGAGACUCAUUUGUUUUACCAGCUUCACCUUCUUCUCUUCAUCCUCUUUUAAAGCAUCGGAGGACAGUCAGGUUAUGUCCCCUAGCUGUGUUUCUUCGUGUCUAGUGUUGUGGUGCGCGUGUUCAUGUCAGUACUUGUGCCUACUGUGGAUCGCAUGCUUUAGCCUUUGACUGAACACAAACGUUGCUCACAAACUCCUCUUGACCCUUAUGUGGACAUAUGUUGGGAAUCCUUCAGAAGUUAUCAAGGGAACCAAAUAACUUAUUACAAAUUUAUCUUAUGUGUUGCCAGUUCUGUAAAAACAAAUAGGAAAUAAAGGCCUUUUAAUAACCA